CAUUGAAAGACACCUGACAUUGGUUAAUCUGUGUAAAGUCAGAAGGAAAAAAAAAUGCUAUAUAGCGUUUGAUACUGUUGAUUUUAGGUUACACUUUCAUGAAUAUUGAAUUUAGCGGUGCCUGUUAACGUAAAUAGCAUUCUAUUAAGUUCCGCACCACGUAUAAUUAAUUUGUCAGGUGCGAAGGAUGUUAAAUUGAAAUUUCACAAAAGUAACAUUUGCUAAUAAUGUCAUCAAAAAGACAAGCAGAGACACAACUGGGACCUGAUAACUGGGAUGAGGAGGAGCCAGCUGAAAAGGAGGAAGAUGGUGGUUUUAAAAUGGCACCAAAAGAAAUUCUCGAGAAACGUGUAAUACGCACCGCCAAGAGGCGGUCUCUAGCUACGGGCGAUGUGGUGCAGAAUACCAUUUUCAGUGGAUUUAGUGGUUUCAACAAGACACAAAAAUCAUCCUUUGAUUUUCUAGCAAAUUUAACAAAUGGUAGCAAGUCUAACAAUGGAUCUUUAACACUUAAAAGUGACACAGCAGCUGUUUCAUCUAGUUCUAUGAUCACAAAGCCAGCAAGUAGUCCUACUACUGGAAUCUUUAGUUUGUCAGGAACAUCACCUAUUAUGAAUUCACCAUUUGGCCAGCCAGAAUCUACAAUAUUUAGUGGAGCUGGAGGAACCCCUGCAUUUACAAAAUCUGUGUUUAGCUCAUCAAAACCAGAUUCAACAGUAAAUGAUAAUCCAUUUAAAGGGCAGUCUUCAGUAACUUCAACACCCUACACCCCCUUCCCCUUAAAUUCAAAUGCAAGCCCAGAUAAACCAAUACCUCAGGUUACUUCAUCCUUGUUUGGACUAUCCUCUACAAAUGUUAAUCAUAACAACUCUCCAUUUUCAACUAAACCUAAUAAUAAUACAACUGCAUGUAAAACACCUGUAGCAAGUUCACCACAAUCAACUGAAGUUACACCAGUUGGUAAAGAUGAAAAAGAGUUUGAUUACUAUAAUAACCUAAGAGGUUUAAAUGAAUCUGUAUCAGCAUGGAUAAAAAAACAUGUUGAAGAAACACCUUUGUGUAUUUUAAGUCCAAUAUUUAAAGAUUAUGAAAACCACCUGAAAAAUAUCCAAGAUGAAUAUGAUAAAAUCAAAAAAGAGCUGUCAUUGAAAAAUAUUUCAGACACAAAAGAUAAUAAUACUGAACCUAAAAGUCCAAUAGUAUUAUCUGACAGCCCUGCAUUAUCUAAUUCCGUAUUCUCAUUAACUUCAAGCACUACAAGUCCUAUAGUUGAGAAAACACAUAACUUUACCUUUGGCAUUAAUCCUACUGCUACUACAUCUACUAAUAGUUUUGCGACUACUGUAACACCAAGCACUGGAUUUUCCUUCGGAAUAAAACCAUCAAGUUCUAUUACUUCUCCAUUUGCUAGCAACCCAACCUCAAUUGACAAUAAUGGUAGUACUCCAUUUUCGUUUGGUAUUGGGAAACCUUUUGCUUUCAAUACGAAUAUUAAGAAAAGCGAUGAACCAAUAAAUGAAGGUGUUGAUAAUGAAGAUGAGCCCCCUAAAGUGGAAUACACCCCAAUUGCAGAAGAAAAUAGUGUGUAUGACAGAAAAUGCAAAGUAUUUGUUAAGAAAGAUGGCAACUUUGUUGACAAAGGUGUUGGUACACUUUACAUAAAGAAAAUAGAAGAGACUGAAAAAUACCAAUUGUUAGUUCGAGCAAACACAGCUUUGGGUAAUAUUUUAAUCAACUUGAUAUUGAGUUCAUCUUUGCCUACACAGCGUAUGGGUAAAAAUAAUGUUAUGAUGGUCUGCAUUCCAACUCCUGAUGCAAAGCCCCAACCAACUUCUAUUCUAAUCAGAGUAAAAACUUCAGAAGAUGCAGAUGAGCUACUUGAAACUCUGAAUAAAUUCAAAGCAUAAUUUUUGAGUUAUGCUAAUUGACCACAACUUGAUUUGUAAGGAGAGGAAAAAUGGCUGCCCCUUGUAUUGAGAUGCUCUUAUGUUCUAAAUAGAUGUAAAUUACUGGUUUUAAUGUGUAAACCAUUUAUGAUACUGAUUAGUUUUACCCAUGGUUAACUUACCCCUACAAUAUUAUUUUAUUAUAAGUGCUAUAUCUUUAUCUGGAAGCCUGUAGAAAUAUGAUUCUUUCAACAAAGCUGCUUGUCCGUGCAGUUUCUUGGAAAUCAGAAACAAACUGACGACUUAUAAAAAGUGCUUAUAUACUAGACCUACUUAAAAUAAAUUAAAUUUGAAUUGAAUAAAUUCUAAUCACUAGAAUCACUUUGGGAAAUGUUUUAACAAUCUUUCAUUGAUACUUUUUUAAGCCAUUCCAAUUAAAUCAAUUUAUGUAUAAAUGUAUCAUAAUAGUACAUAUAAACAUUACUGAUGAUUUUAAAUAUCUUUAUAACUAGUAAUUAUAAAGCCAAUUUGGGUGUUAAUGUAACCCUAGUAUACUGAUGAUUUUAAAUAUCUCUGUGAUUAGUGUUUAAAGAAUAAAAAUGGAUGUUAAUGUAACUGUAGUGCUGACUUAAACAUGUUACAAAUGACAUUCCUUAUUAUGAUAUUAUACCUAUUCUUACUAUGAAGAUCAUA